UUCUCUCUCCUCGCUGUUUCACUUGCUGACUAUUUCUCUCUCCUCGCUGUUUCACUUGCUGACUAUUUCUCUCUCUCUCUCAUUUCUCGUGGAGGUCUCUUGACAAUGAGAAUGGAAAGAGAAAUCACUGCCGGCGAUGAUCUCGCGACUUUGGCAGCGAAACUGAUCUCCGACGUGAUCUCACGAUUCCGGCCACGCAACAAAUCUCAGACGGGAUCUCGUGAUUUCGAGCACAACAAAUCUCCGUCACGAUCUCGCGAUUCUGGCCACGAAGACGAUCUCGAGAUCCGGCCGUUGAUCUCGCGACAAAGAACGCUCAGAUAUGAGGAGAAAAACGCCGGCGGUCUGCGUAGGUACAGUUUUCGUCGCGAUCUCUAUCGCGGCGGCGAGGACGAGCUUCACCACGAUUUAUCUCGCGACAGCAAGGAUGAAGCACCGUCGAGAUCUCUCCCUUGCAAUCUCACUGCAUCGGCAAGGACGAAGCUCCAUUGUGAUCCCUCUCGCGAAGGUAAAAACCUGUCAGCAACACUUGAAGGGCAGUGGUGGGCGGCGGACGAACGGUAG